ACAUUGACAUUGAGUGAGCCUUCUUACUGAAAUUGCCAGUCUGGUUUUUGAUGUUGAUGUGCCAUUCCAUGUUUUGGUCUAAUUGAAAUGAAAGAUUAUUCCGUUGUUGCCUCAAUCAAUUGUUUGAAAGAGUAAAUGAAACUUAGCAGGAUUUAAAAUCUUGCCCAAAUGCUCCGUUGUACAAAGCUCCUCUCCCAAUUUCAAGCUAGAUCCCAUGACAUUGUCUGUUCCCUCAAAACCCUUUCCUCCACAAGUGCCCGCAACUAUGCUUCCGUUCCCCAGUCUCCUCCCAUCUCUAAAGAUGAUUACUUUGCAGCAAUCCAGCAUAUCUCCAACAUUGUUCGCCGUGAAAUUCAUCCGGAGCGCACCCUCAACAGCAUGUGUAUUUCUGUUAAUUCUGAGCUUGUGUUCCGUGUCCUUCGUGCUUGCUCAAAUUCCCCCAUAGAAUCUCUCCGCUUCUUCUCCUGGGCUCGCUCUAUUUACCUCCCAACAUCUGUUGAGUAUGAGGAGCUGGUCAAGAUCCUGAUACGCCAUAGGAAGUAUGAAUCAUUGUGGAAAACAAUUCAGCAAAUGCAGAAGCAGAACCUUAUUCUUUCUGUCGAUACAGUUUCAAUUAUCAUUGAAGAGUAUGGCAAGCAUGGUCUCAUUGAUCAGGCUGUGGAGGUUUUCAAUAAGUGUACUGGUUUUGGUUGCAAACAAACUGUUAGUGUAUAUAAUUCUUUGCUCUUUGCACUUUGUGAGGUGAAGAUGUUCCAUGGGGCAUAUGCAUUAAUAAGGAGGAUGAUCAGGAAGGGUGUGGAACCUGAUAAGAGGACUUAUGCAAUUCUUGUGACUGGAUGGUGUUCUGCAGGGAAGAUGAGGGAGGCUAAAGAGUUCCUGGAGGAGAUGAGUAAGAAGGGCUUUAAUCCUCCAGUACGAGGUAGAGAUUUGUUAAUUGAAGGGUUGUUGAAUGCAGGUUAUCUUGAAUCAGCAAAGGAAAUGGUGAGAAAAAUGCUCAAAGAGGGAUUUAUUCCAGAUGUUGGAACUUUUAAUUCAUUGGUGGAAACUAUUUCUACGUCGGGGGACGUGGAUUUUUGCAUUGAUAUGUAUCAUAGCGGGUGUAAAUUAGGGCUCUGUCCAGACUUAAACACUUACAAAAUCCUUGUACCUGCAGUUUCAAAAGCGGGUAGGAUUGAUGAGGCAUUUAGGCUUUUAAAUAAUUCUAUUGAAGCUGGUUACAGACCAUUUCCCAGUCUAUAUGCUCCUAUAAUCAAAGCAAUGUGUAGAAAAGGGCAGUUUGAUGAUGCAUUUAGCUUCUUUGGUGAGAUGAAGGUCAAGGGUCAUGCACCAAAUAGACCAGUUUAUACAAUGUUGAUAACAAUGUGUGGCCGUGGAGGGCGAUUUGUGGAGGCAGCAAACUAUUUGGUAGAAAUGACUGAGUUUGGACUAGUUCCAAUUUCAAGAUGCUUUGAUAUGGUUACUGAUGGAUUGAAGAAUUGUGGGAAGCAUGAUUUGGCUAAGAGGAUAGAGCAGUUGGAGAUAUCACUUAGAGGUGUUUGAUGCAGUCACAAAAGAGUUGAAAAUGAUACAAUUGCUUGUUCUCAAUCAUUUGAUAGCUCGACACCGGUACUAGGACCCAAAAGUGUGUUCCCCUUUUGGUAUUCAUUUACUGCUGAUUGUAUGUAUCAAGGACUAGUCAAAACUCUAGUUGAACAUGAUUACAAGUUUGAAAAUGGAACAAGAGACAGCAAUCAGAAAGGAUUUAGGUCACGAUUUUAUGAUCAAAAUUGUCCUUUAUUCUGGAGGGUUGAAAAACAGUUAAACCCUUCAGGGCGACAUUGUGAAGCAACUCUUGCUUUCUUCUCUUUAUUGCUAGACCAUUGUGACAGCAACAAUGAAGAAUAGAAUCAUGAGUAAGUGCUGGAAUCUUCCAAUGGGUUUAUGUGAUCUGAGUUAUAUUUGGGGUACCAAGGUUGCGUACUUGGUUAAUGAGAGCUACUGAUUACAAAUUGUAUGAUUCAAGUAAUUGGGUUUCUGGCAUUUUGAAAUUGGAAAGAGCAUCUUACAGAAUCUUAUGUGUUUACCAAUUUUCAUCAGCAUGUGUUUAUUAUC